GCCGCACCUUCACACACUCACAGCUGACAGCUCCCAUAUUCAACAUCGAGCUCACUCCCUCACUCACUCACUCACUCGGUCGCUCCGGCCUCCGGCGUCGAUGGAGAUGGAGGCGCUGUGGACGUCGUCUCCUUGCGGCGGCAUGAUCAGGUUGCCGUCGCCAGCGGCGGGGGUCGGCGAGGACGAGGCCGCGGCGGCGGCGGCGGAGCUGCGGCGGGGGCCGUGGACGGCGGAGGAGGACGCGCUGCUGGCGGGCUACGUGGCGGCGAACGGGGAGGGCCGGUGGAACGAGCUGGCUCUCGCCGCGGGGCUGCGCCGCACCGGCAAGAGCUGCCGCCUCCGGUGGCUCAACUACCUCCGCCCCGGGGUGCGCCGCGGCGGCUUCACCCCGCGGGAGCAGCUGCUCAUCCUCGACCUCCACUCCCGCUGGGGCAACCGCUGGUCCAAGAUCGCCGCGCACCUCCCCGGCCGCACCGACAACGAGGUCAAGAACUACUGGCGGACGCGGGUGCAGAAGCACGCCAAGCAGCUCGGCUGCGACGUCGGCAGCGGCCGCUUCCACGACGCCAUGAGAAACCUCUGGAUGCCGCGCCUGCUCGAGAGGAUCCACGCCGACGAGUCCGCUGCCGCCGGUGACGUUUCGCACUACUACUCCGCCGCGAGCCCAGCGCAGCACGCGCCGACAUCCCAACCAGCGUACCAAAACGCUGCUGCAUCUGCACCCAUCAUCAGCAACUGCGCACGCGCAACUUCACCGGACGCCGCGUCGUGCGUGACCGGGUCGCCGUCGUCGUGGGAGACGUCGCCGGCAGCGCAGUUCCAGACGAGCAGUCAAUGCCAAAACGGCUGCUCGAGCACGACGAGCGGUGACAUGUUCGGAGAGAGCUGGUCCGAGCUUCUUGCGCGCGCCAGCCACGACGACGCUGAUUCCGCCGGGCUGCCGGACUUCGGAUUAUUUGAAGAAACUGGAGACAGUUUGUGGAGUUUGGACGAUAUCUGGCAGCAACCGCUGUACUGAUCGAUAUACGUAUGCUGCUACGUACUAGUGACCCAACUUUUUUGUAGUGUUAUCUGAUUGACACAAUUGAUUAAUAAUCAGCAGACUUAUGACAAAUAAAAACCAUUUAAUUGAACGAUUCGCUAUGAGCAUUUUUUUUUCUUCUUAUAUAUUUUAGAAAACAAAAACAUUAGGGUGAAUCUUCUUCGAGCAUGUACAGUUGCCCUGUAAUAAUGUGCAGCGAGCAAGAUGAGAUCUCCUAGUGUAAUACUGAUGAGUGAUGACCUCCUAGUGUGGA